AAUCACUAGACCUGAAAACCAUAUCAAAACUAAUCAGCACUAUUGUUCCAUUAAUGGGUUCUUAUUCUUUCUGUUCCAUAGCCAUUCUACAUACAAUUCUCUUCCUCAUUAGCUUCACAGCAUUAGCUGCUGAAGCAAGCCUUUGUAGAACCUCCUGUGGAACAAUUCCAAUACACUACCCUUUCGGCGUCGAUGAUGGGUGUGGCAGUCCUUAUUACAGACACAUCCUUGCCUGCUCCAAUUCAGGCAAUCUCGAGCUUCGAACACCGUCCGGACGAUACCCUGUUCGUAGCAUAAGCUACUCUGAUCCUCACAUUGUUGUCACUGAUCCUUUCAUGUGGAAUUGUCAAGAUGGGAACGAUUUUCGUGCAACGAGGCCUUUUAGUCUUGACACAAGCACACAUUUGACACUGUCUUCACAAAAUGAUUAUCUUUUCGUCAACUGUAGUGAAGAUAAUGUGAUUGUGGAGCCUAAGCCAAUCUUUUGUGAACGGUUCCCGGACCGGUGUGAUUCCUCCUGUGACAGUUCAAGUUAUCUCUGCAGACACUUACCAGAAUGUGCAUCUGCUUUGAGUACCAGUUCCUGCUGUUCCUACUUUCCAAAAGCAACUGAAUCUAUGAGGCUGAUGUUGAAGUAUUGUUCUAGUUACACCAGUGUUUAUUGGAAAAGCAAUGGUGAAAACUCUCCUUAUGGUCAAGUUCCUGAGUACGGAAUCCGGGUUGAUUUCGAUAUUCCUGUGACUACACAUUGCCUUCAGUGUCAAGACAUGACAAAGGGAGGUGGGACUUGUGGGUUUGAUACACAAACACAGAGUUUCUUGUGCUUGUGUGGUGAUAGGAAUCUCACUACUUAUUGUAAAGAUCAUGAAGUCCCAAAACAUGGAAGAUCAGGAGUAAUUGCAGUGACUGCAGUUUCUGCUGCUACUGCAAUAGGAAUUGGUGCUGGGAUUUGGUAUGUGAAAAAGUUGAGAAAUACAAAGCCAGUGACUUGUGGGGUUCAAAGUAAUGAGAAUAGGCUUUUCUGAAAUCUCAAGACAGCAUAUGAUAGUGCACCAAAUACUUUCUCUUUUGCUUUAUUUUCUUUAUCUUCGUCUUUGAUUCUUUUUUUGUCCCAAAUGUAGAUUUGUAAAGCAAUUUAAGUUCCAUUAAUUACAGCAAAUUCAGUAGUGCUAAACCUUAUAAGAAAACAAGCUAGGUCUAGCAUUGAAAAACAAGUCAAACAACAAACACAAAAAAAGAUAUGAUUGAACAUGUAUAUAUA